GAGGAGAAGGGGACAGAUUGCUAACCGCGCUAGCUGGACUCUACCGAUUAUAGAAACGCGACUGAACGUGGUCAUGGUGCACACGGUGGGUUUCAUUUCUUAAAAGCCCGCGUUGGAGUUGCCUUUUCGCCGCGAAAGGGCCGGGGCGGGAGGACUCGUUUUCCAAGGAACAACAAAGCCGCCGUGUGGACCGCAGGUCGAGCCGUGCGAGUUAGCUGGCCUAGCUCUGCCGAGGCAGCCGGAUUCGGGAGCUCUUCUCCCAAAACAAGAAUGGGGUCUUGGUCCACUCGGAUUAGCUUGCUAGUAAAGUGACCUUUGAUUGUAUUCUCUGAUGGCAAAUUUCACGAACUACCAGGACAGCAAAGCCGCAAUGUUGAUGCUGGAGACACAACAGAGGGACGUGGGGGCGAAAUCGGCCGCCGCAAACGGAGACGGCCCGGUCGGGGAACCCCCUUCCCCGUUAAUGAACAUCGGCGGCGCUGGAGGAGGAGGAGGAGGAGGCUCUCGCUUCCACCAGCAUUUGCCGCCUUCCAACCACCACCACCACCUCAGCCACCUCCACCAUCCGCCGUCAGGGCAGCCAAAGGAUCAACUGCAGCAGCACCCGCCGUCUCAUCAUCACUACCAACCGGCUCAACAGCAGCAUCUUUCCGGCGAAAACGUCGCGGAGUCCCCCGGUCGGAAAGGAGCCUCCUCCUCGUCGUCGCUCAGCCAGGUAAAUGUUGAGGACUCCUCUGCCGCUAGCGGCAGUAGCAGCCAUAUAUAUGCGUCUGUUAGCGUUGCAAACACCUCGGACGUAGCGGACGAUAUUCGCAAAUGUGGCUACCUGAGAAAACAGAAACACGGCCACAAAAGGUUUUUUGUGCUGCGGGCGGCCAGCCACCUAGGCCCGAGCCGCUUGGAGUACUACGACAGUGAGAAGAAAUUCCGGAAUAGCCUGCGGUCCGCCGCCGCAGCUGCUGCAAGCGGCGGCGCGGUCGCCCCUUCUCCCCCGAAACGGGUUAUUUACCUCUACCAGUGCUUUACGGUAAACAAAAGGGCGGAUUCUAAGAACAAGCACCUCAUUGCCCUCUACACUAAGGACGAGUACUUUGCCAUUGUGUCCGAAAACGAGCAGGAGCAGGAGGACUGGUACGUAGCGGUAAGCGAGUUAAUGAGCGAAGGCAAAAAGGGUCACUUAGACUCCGAUGACUUAGAUGACGGUUACGGUACAGUCACCCCCGGUACUGUGUUUAAGGAGGUGUGGCAGGUGAAUGUAAAACCCAAGGGACUCGGUCAAACCAAAAAUCUCACGGGUGUUUAUCGGCUAUGCCUCUCAACUAAAACUAUUCACCUCGUUAAGCUUAAUUCCGAAACCCCCUGCGUCAACCUCCAGUUGAUGAAUAUCCGGCGUUGUGGACAUUCAGAAAGUUUCUUUUUCAUAGAGGUAGGACGUUCCUCCUCCAUCGGGCCAGGCGAGAUAUGGAUGCAGGUGGAUGAUUCUGUCGUGGCGCAGAACAUGCACGAAACCAUCCUAGAGACCAUGAAGGCCCUUAAAGCCUUUGCUGAGUUCCGGCCCCGCAGCAAAAGCCAAUCAUCGGGAUCCAACCCGAUGCCAUUCAUCACUACACGGCGUCACCUAGGCAACCUGCCCCCGAGCCAAACAGGGCUGCAACGGCGGUCGAGAACGGAGUCCGUGGUUGGAACGCCACCUUCAAGUAAAAGCUCCGGCGCCAGCGGCUACCGGUUCCGAACUUCAAGUGAAGGUGAGGGGACAAUGAACCGCCCAUUUCGCUCUGCCACUGGAAGUCUGGUGCACCUAAACACUGCCCGUGCCCACCUGGGCCGACAGGAGGGUGGGAGCGCUGGAAGUGGUGGUAGUGGCAUUGCCACCGGAAAUGCUGGUACGAGCACUGGGAGUGGGCGCUACGUUAGGGCCAUCCCAGGAUCGUCGUCAUCCUCUGCCACGUACCAUGCCCGCUCUGCAUCCCUGCCUGUGUCCCACUUCCCCUCCACCACCAGCCCCGUGAGUGUGUCCUCCAGCAGUGGGCAUGGCUCUGUGUCAGACACGCUUACCCGCCCAUCAAGCGCAUCCAUCUGUGGUUCGCCGUCUGAUGGUGGCUUCAACUCCUCAGACGAGUACGGCUCCAGCCCCGGCGACUUCCGCUACUUCCGUGUCCGAAGCAACACGCCAGACUCACUGGGUAACACGCCACCCAUCAGGGAGGAGAACUGCCUCAGUGAUUAUAUGGCUAUGGGCUGGAAUCGCGAGGUCUUUGGUGCCGGUAACCAUAACAAUGGUACUGCCAGUGGGGGGGAUGCACCGCGAGACGAAAGCACGUCCACAACUGAAGACGAGCGCUCCUGCUCCUCCUCUUCGUCCAUGAGGAGGCGCACGCACUCCUUCUCCAGGCCCGUUGGAAGCGGCGCCACAGGUGGGCUUGGUGUGGCGGUCUACCAGAAGAUGACGCAGACCACAUUCUCAUUGGACGAGGCUUCGGCAGGGGAGGCAGUAUUGCCGUUUGGUGGGGGGCUUCUGCGCGGCGGGCCCUCCUCGUCCUCCUCCUCCCUACGCUCUGACUAUAGCUCCUGCUCAGAGCACAGUCAGCAGAGCCGGCCUUCCACUCUGUCACACACGGAUGCUGGUGGGGAGCGCCUCCCCCUGUCAGCCACCUCAUCCUCCUCCUCUGCCAAGGAAGAUAGCGGCUACAUGCCUAUGAUGUGUGGCGUGGCCGUGUCAUCGCGGGACACGCCCCCCGACUACAUGCCUAUGCAACCCAGUUCCUACCCCCAUGCCCAACCCAUCUCCCACUCCCCACAAUUCCACAGCCUGGCUCUGGGCCCACGUUCAUCCCAACACCACCACCAACCCCAUCCCCAGUCCUCAACGGACGCUCAUGGUUACAUGAUGAUGCUCCCAGGGGGCCAGGAGAGGCCCUCCCCACUGCAGGCCUCUCCUGGACCCCAUGGCGGCCCCAGAACGGCCGGGUGUAGCGUCGAUAGCAGUGGGAAUGAUGUGGCGGAGAAGCCAGAGAAUGGGGAGUACAUGGACAUGUCCCACAGUGGCAGCCCGGCCACACGCAGGCUUCCAGCUGAGGGGAGCACUGGCUACUAUGCGCUCAGCACCCCUGAGGGCCCUCCUAAGUCCUACAGCCCCUAUUUCUCCCUCCCCCGCUCCUACAAGGCACCCACCAGAGACCAGGAGAGGGAGAAGGAGGAAAAGGAGUAUGGGGAGUAUGUUCCCAUGAGCUCCCCAGCCAAGCCCGUCUAUGCUUCAGUUGCUACAGCACUAACGUUAGCCUCCACCCCAGAGAAAAGGACCACCGCUACCCCUUCUCACCCGCCCCCACCUUACGGAGCCCAGCACACUACCGCCGUGAUGGCUGAUCGUCGUGCUGUACGGCCAACCAGGCUGCCAUUAGGCCGGCGGAGUUUUCACGGGUCACUACGAGUUACCGAGCCCACCACAGCGACCCCAGGAGCCUCCACCUCUGUCCCUGUUACCAGUGACUCAUUAGACAGGCCUUCUAGUCCAGGAGAGUAUAUCAACAUAGAGUUUGGUGAUCACUACCCACACCAACAGCAACUCCCCAGCUCCUUUCCUCUCUCUGACCAGGAUGACACAUCCUCCCUAGGAUCCGGUGACCACCAUUGCUCACCCCCCCAUCCCCAGCUCCAGACACACCAGGACUACAUGAGUGUGGAGUUGGGGGCGGACCAGCAGGAAAACACAGAAUGCCUGGGUAAGAAUCAGUCACCCAGGCCCAGCCUUGUCGCUCCCUGGAACCCACCCAGCUACAUCAGACCCCUGGCUGCUAACCCAGGGGCGCUGGCCUCCCCUGGAGCCCCAACAGCAGGUCACUGGAACUCAAUGGGAGAUGACUACACAGACAUGACUUUUAAUCUGGCUAGGGGGGAUGGGUCACGGACAAGCCCCACAGCCAUGCUGCAGCAUCUCUGCAUGAUGGAGGGGCGCUAUGGCCGUGCUCCUCCGGCGGUCACCACUUCAUCCCCCUCCUUCUCCCCUCCCAUGGCCCCACAAAGCCCUGGGAGAGCAACCACCCACCAGCCAGAGCCCAAGGUGGUACGAGCGGACCCCCAGGGCAGGAGGAGACACAGCUCUGAAACGUUCUCCUCCAGCUCAAACCCCACCGUAGGAGGGGCCGGGGGCGUCCCCUCCAUCCCCAGCAAUCCCUCUGCCUCAAACGGUUCUUACCUAACAGACAGUCAGGGCUCCAGGUGGGCCAGCUCUGGGUCCUUUGACAGCGUGUGGAUGUCUGUAGAAGGGCGGGGAGAUUCCCUGGCUCUCCACACCCCGAUCAGAGCCUCUGAAUUGGGCACGGCCGCCAGCGGGAAUUCAGCCUCGUCCCCCUCUGGAGCUGUGGGUGGUAGAAUGUGCCGGAAUAUGUCUGUAGGCUAUCAAAACGGGCUUAACUACAUCGCCUUGGAGCUGAGAGAGGAUGGGAGUAACGCCGGGGGGGUGUCAACGCUGACGACGGUGGCAGCAGGAGUCACUGGCAGCGGCGGCAGCUUGUCAUCGACGGCAGCAGUACCUCUACCAGAGAAUGGAGCCUACGCCAGUAUAGACUUCACAAAAUCUGAUGGAGUCACCACAACAACCACAGACUGAGUGACGGAUCGACAGAGGCUUCCCACCCUCCUCAUCUCUCCGCUCGGGGGCACCUGACUCUGCCUGCGACCUUUGGCCUCCGGCCUGUGACCUCUGUCCUUCACUCAAACCGAGAAGCUGCUCCGCCCCUUCGAGCGCAGAAAAACAACAAAAAAAACCACCCCAACUACAUCAACAGAUGACGCUUGCAGUUUUUUUUUAAAUUUUACUUUAGUGUAUUUGAUCUUCUAUUUUUAUUUUUUUGUGUUUUAUAUGCAUAUCUCGUCCUUUUUUUCUUUUUUUUUUCUUUUGGAGCAUAUCACCCCACCCCCCAUCCGCCUCGCGCGCUCUAUGCUGCCAACGUGCGCUGCUAUUCUCCAUAAACAACAAACUUAGUUCAACGGACAUCGGUCAGUGAACUCUGAGUCAACGAGUGAUUAAAAGAAAUAGAGAGACGACGGAGAGAGACAGUGUUUUUUUUGUUUUUGUUUUGUGUCUAUCGAGUGGUUUCUUGCUCUCCACGCUGUAUCAAAAAUAAGAGGCUGGAAUACUUGGCAAAAGGCAUUAUGGUACAGAAAUGGAAAAGUUGCAUUGAACUCAACAUAAUCCUCUGUAUUUGUAAAAAAAAAAAAAAAAUCAGUACAAUACCAUACAGUUAUUACAUUGUGGAUGACAGGAGGCUUUGGCAGGAAGGAAAAUAUUCUUUUGAGUGGAAUAGCCCUUAAAUGGUAUAGACUCAUGACCGGGUCUCAUCGGCGGAGUUGUACCAUGCCGCACCCAUGCCAGACCAAUGCCGCAGGUACGAUAUAGCCCCGUGGCCCUCAUUCACCACCGGGGCGGCUUUGCAGCAUUGCACGCCGCUUGCAUGCCACCAACCUAACACCCCCUCGCCAGUACCAAAUACAUCUGAGAUGGCGGGCUUAUAAGCGUACUGGUCCGGUAUGGGUUUGGUAACGGUACAGUUGCGUGGCUUGAAAACUACAAAGAGUUACUCAGCUCGUAUUUUGUAGCAAAUUAUAUUUAUUUUGUUGCGAUAGGUACAAUAUUCCAGUACAUUUCCUGGUACGCUUUGGUAUUGUGUUUAACGGUGGAAGGCUGUACUCGGUAGGGCAGGAACUUCACAAACGCCACCAAAAGUUCUAGGAAAUGUGAACUCUGGUGGCUAGUAAGUGUGUAAAAAGCAGCCUCUCCGACACCGGUGAUCAGCCUUCAUUUGGUACCAUGCUUCUGUUUAAUAAGAGAAAACAUAUCUGGCUGGUUAACUGGCGGAUUUCUGGCUGGUGAGUUUGAAAACCAUCAACCAAAGUGGUUUAAGAU